UCGUUUAUGACCGCUGCCUGCUUCCUGGUACCUUGGUUUCUCUUACAUUCUCCCCUUUAUAAACUCUUUCUUCCCCACCGUUUCAACUUGCCUCAAACCCCAUCUCCUCUCUUGAGCUCAAUUUCAAGGUUUACAUUCCACCACAGAAUUUAAGGAAUGGAGACCUUCCUAUUUACAUCGGAAUCUGUCAACGAGGGACAUCCUGACAAGCUCUGUGAUCAGGUCUCCGAUGCGGUGCUCGACGCCUGCUUGGCGCAGGAUCCCGACAGCAAGGUCGCUUGCGAGACCUGCACCAAGACCAACAUGGUGAUGGUCUUCGGCGAGAUCACUACUAAAGCCAACGUCGACUACGAGAAGAUCGUGCGGGACACCUGCCGGAACAUCGGUUUCACGUCCGCUGAUGUCGGUCUCGAUGCCGACAACUGCAAGGUGUUGGUUAACAUCGAGCAACAGAGUCCCGAUAUCGCUCAGGGUGUUCAUGGUCAUCUCAGUAAGCGUCCCGAGGAGAUAGGGGCCGGUGACCAGGGCCAUAUGUUUGGCUACGCCACUGACGAGACACCUGAACUGAUGCCCUUGAGCCACGUUUUGGCUACCAAGCUCGGUGCUCGUCUCACCGAAGUCCGGAAAAACGGAACUUGUCCUUGGCUCAGGCCCGACGGCAAGACUCAAGUCACCGUCGAGUAUUACAACGAUAAAGGCGCCAUGGUUCCUGUUCGUGUCCACACCGUGCUCAUCUCCACCCAGCACGAUGAGACCGUGACCAACGAUGAGAUCGCCGCCGAUUUGAAGGAGCAUGUAAUCAAGCCCGUUAUCCCCGAGAAGUACCUCGAUGAGAAAACCAUUUUCCACCUCAACCCUUCGGGUCGUUUCGUCAUAGGAGGUCCACACGGUGAUGCAGGUCUCACAGGCCGGAAGAUCAUCAUCGAUACAUAUGGCGGAUGGGGAGCUCACGGUGGCGGUGCGUUCUCCGGUAAGGACCCAACCAAAGUGGAUAGAAGCGGCGCUUACAUCGUGAGACAGGCUGCAAAGAGCAUCGUUGCUAAUGGACUCGCUAGGCGGUGCAUUGUUCAGGUUUCAUAUGCCAUCGGUGUACCAGAGCCAUUAUCCGUAUUCGUGGACACUUACGGCACAGGAAAGAUCCCAGACAAGGAAAUUCUGGAGAUCGUGAAGGAGAACUUCGAUUUCAGGCCCGGAAUGAUUGCAAUCAACCUUGAUCUUAAGAGAGGAGGCAAUGGGAGGUUCUUGAAGACGGCUGCCUAUGGACAUUUUGGACGGGAUGAUGCGGAUUUCACUUGGGAGGUGGUCAAGCCACUCAAGUGGGACAAGGUCCAGGCAUAAGUGGGCUUCUUCAGCUGUUCUGUCUACUUACCAUAUUAUGAGUCUUGCUGGUCGGCUUUUCUUACUAUUUGCUUCAUUUGUAUUUUUGGGUUUGGGAUUUGAUUAAAUUUAUAAUUUACUAAUAUGUGAUGAUGAGAGAAAUAGCAGUGGAAAAA